AUGGCGUUUAUGAGUUGGUUUGGCUAUACGUUUAUUGCCUUUGGCCCUUCAUUGGCUAUAUUUACUAUGACCAUUGCUGACGAUGCUACUCAAAUCAUCAUUAUGUUUACCAGUGCCUUCUUUUGGCUCGUUUCACUGUUGUUCUCUUCAAUUAUAUGGCAAAUUCCUUUCUCAGACCUAAAAUUACGCCUUGGCAUAAGUGUGGCUUUAUGUGUUGCUAUACAAGAAUUAUUUCGUUACCUUUUCUACCUUCUGAUGAAGAAAGCUGAUAAAGGAUUACUUUCUAUUACAACGUCCUCAACGAUCAGCCAGACAAGGCAAAGAAAACACAAAAUUGCUUAUGUGGCUGGAUUUGGCUUUGGCGUAAUGAGUGGUGCAUUUUCCGUAGUUAAUCUAUUAGCGACGGCGUCUGGACCUGGUACUGUUGGAAUUAAAGGAAACUCAGACCUGUUUUUUCUUUCAUCAGCGAUUUUUACGAGUAUAUUUAUCCUACUAAAUAUCUUUUGGAGCGUGAUUAUAUUCGAUGGUUUUGACAAACGUAAUUGGAAGAAAAUUGCCUACGUAUUUGCUACCCACGAGCUGACAUCUUUAUUGACACUAGUGAAUGUUGGCCAUCAACCAAAUUAUUCUGCAUCAAUUACUACAUCAUGCCUUGUAUUACUAAUUACCACGAUAGUCGCUCUGUAUACUGCAGGAGGUAACAUAAAGAGCUUAAUAACUAGUUUAGUAAAGAGACAGGUAGUUACUCAAGUACGGUGA